UAGCAGCCUUGCAUGCGAAUCCUGCACUGAGUUAACUGCUGACAUUGGUAUUUCAACCAAAUUCACUGUUUGAAUAUUUAGUUCGUCCUGUAAGGUUCUACGUGGUGGUUCACUUUACUCAGACUUACUUCAAUCAAUAUUCAAUACUGUGGAUAUUAUUUGCGUGCAUUAUGAGUGAAGACGAUAAUUUGGAUCUCUAUUCAUUGGAAGCAAAUCUUAUCAAUAACUCCCAAAGGAAGUUGGGCGAUGGCGCAGAUAAGGAUGCCAUAACAAAGCUACGAUUGUUAUGUUUUAGUAGGGGAGCAACAGGAAUACUGGGACUGGGAAGAGCAUUCCGUAAUAUGGAUGAUGAUGGCAGCAAAGCAUUAAACGAAGAAGAAUUUACUAAAGGUAUACAUGACUAUGGUUUAGAAGCUACUGAUGAUGAAAUAAAGGAUAUGUUUCAAACUUUCGAUGAAGAUGGAAGUGGGUCUAUAAGCAUGACUGAAUUUCUACUAAAACUAAGACCUCCAAUGUCUCAGUGUCGUCUUGAUAUAAUCGAUGAAGCAUUCAAUAAAAUGGAUAAAACCGCUGAUGGUGUCAUAACUAUUGAGGACUUGAAAAAUGUUUACUCGGUUAGGGAUAAUCCAAAAUAUAAAAGUGGUGAAAUGAGUGAAGACGAUAUAUUAACUGAGUUUCUUCAAAAUUUCGAAGGUGGACGAGGUGAUAAUGAUGGCAAGAUAACCAAGGAGGAAUUUGUGAAUUACUAUGCAACCAUAAGUGCAUCCAUAGACAAUGAUCUGUACUUUGACUUAAUGAUGAGACGUGCCUUUGCUUUGUAAUUUUAAUUACAAAAGAAAAAAAAAAGUUAUGCAUUUUUAUUA